AUCGGAUUCUUCAACUUUCUCAAUCUCAAUCACAAACACAAAAUGAUAGGACGACGUUCACCACCUUCUGGUCUACAUCAUCGUAUCCAACUACAACCCCAACCAAACCAACAAACCCAACAAACCUCAACAAACCAACCCACAAAACCAACUCAUACACCUUACAAACCUAUCAGAAGACCUACUAGAUUGAUUCAUCGAUUUACAAAAAAUUGGUUUAUAAAAUUAAUCAUUCUAUCAAGUUUGAUCUCGAUCAGUUUGUUUUAUUGUUUAGUGAUUUCUUUUAAAGAUUGGCCACCUAUUGGAAAUAAGUUUACAGAAGAAGGUUUUAUUGAUCAAUUCGAAGGAGAUUGGUGGGUUAGUCCAAAUAUCACAAGAUCUAAACGUGUCUUAUUAGUAGUGGCACAUCCCGAUGAUGAAUGCUUGUUCUUCUCUCCCACUUUACUUAACCUUUUAUUACCUAGAUAUGUGAAUACUACCGAAUUAGAACCUGGCUUUCUCAAUUCAACCAGUAAUUCAACGAGAUCAUCAUCAAGUUCAGGAAACGCUGAUGGAUUAGGUUUGAAAAGGACUCGAGAGAUGAGAGCUUCAUGUUGGGCAUUUGGAAUCAUAAGUGAUCAUUGUAUAGUGAUUGAUCAUCCGGAAUUACCAGAUAGUAUGUCGGUGUGGUGGCCUGAGGAUAAAAUCGCUGAAUUUGUAAAACUUUAUGUUGAGCUUUGGAAGAUUGAUUUAGUAAUCACUUUCGAUCAUCACGGUGUAUCAGGUCAUGCAAAUCAUCGAGCAAUCGCAGCUGCCAUAUCUCGAAUCGUUCAUACCGAUCCAAGUUUUCCAAUGACGAUGAUGCUAGAAUCAAGUUCAUUGAUUUCGAAAUACACCUCUUUAUUUUCAUUACCAUUAAGUUUAUAUCAACAUCAUCAAAUUCGCAAGUCACUUCUUCCUAGCUUCCAACGUCCUCUCUUACAUCCUUCAAGAGACUCUGAACGGUUAUCUAAACUUGUUUCCCAAACCCUUUCACAUUUCAAUUGUUCUAAUCAUCAUCCAACCAUUGAAAAAAACCUUUCGAUCCCAUCAGUCAACCCAAACGAAACUCUACCUGAUUUGAAACCCGUUCGAAUCACUAAUCAUAAUUUAUCUAAUCAUCAUACGAUCUUUUUGUCGACUGUUCAACAAUAUUAUGAUGCUAGACGGUCUUUUAAUCAACAUAUUUCUCAAAACGUUUGGUUUCGUAGGUUAUGGUGUUUGUUUAGUAAGUAUAUGUGGAUCAAUGAAUUGAAAAGAGUGGUACCUAUUGAAGAUCGAUUUGAACCUGAUCUAAAAGCUUUAAGUACACCUUUAUCUUCUUCUGAUUCUUCAAAUCAAUGAAGAAUAUUCUUUGUGGUUUGUUUUGAUUUAUGAUUGACACAAUAGCAUGGGAUUCGUGUAUUGUUUGUUCUGUUCUGUUCUUUAAAAAAGUUUUGCUUGGUUUUGUAAAAAGAGCUUUUUUGAAUUGCAUGGUAUUUUAAGAAUCAUAUCUUUGUUUGGUUGUAACUU